AAUGGCUUCCGGCUGUUUAUUUGCCAAGCGUUAGAGUAUUAGGGAGGAAUAAUGUUAAUCUGGCAGAAUCACAAUAUCGUCGAGAACUCCAGGAAGCUAUAGCCACAUGUGAAAUAAAUUGUUCACAAAGCAAACAAAAGCUGGAGGAUAUCUUAUCACAUUUAACUCCAUUUCCAAGGUCUACGUUGCUGUCUGUAUCCGGGUGUGCGCGAGCGAUUCAUUUUCCGGCAUCGGCAUGGGCUUCUCAUUCCAUGCUAGGUUUGGUACAGCGUCAAAGAAAUUAUGAAGAUUCUUGGGGUAUAGAGAAAGAAAAGAUUUGGGGGACAAUUGAGCCAGAAGCUCCUAUAGCAUCCGGAGUAGUUGAUCUUACAGGAAGUGGAGAUACGUUUGCAAAUUUAUUAUCUUUGGAGACGAGGCAGUUCUUAACAAGACAUUCGUUUCACAAUAAUGAGAUUCCUGAACAGAUUGGUAUAAUGACAAAUGAAUUCGUAAGCACGUACAAUGAUCUAAGCUCUGAUUUUGAUCCAGUAUUAAUGCGACCAAUAAGUUUUCCACAAGGAGAGAUGACCCUCGAAACUAGGCGCAUUCUAAUGACAGUUUUUGAUUUAUUGGAAGGAUUACGCCAUAUUUGGAGUUGUAGACCAUUGUUAACAGAAGAUGAUUAUG